AUGCCAGGAGCGCUAGUUGGUGAACUCAUUGACCAUCUCAGAGGCAGACAAGCAGCAGAGGGACAGCUGAGUUUUAUGUUCACGCAUAUGCUGUCAGAAGGCAAGUUUGUUUUGGCAACUUAUCCAGAAGGGUGUAGGGAGGCAUGUCAGAAGGCUCAGGAAUUUGGCAGUUAUUCCUAUCAGCAGGAGGAUGUUGUGGCUGGCGAUAUGGAGAUGGAGUUUGAUGGACUGGAAGAGGAGGCGCAUGUGGAGGGAGUGCCGCCACCUCAGCCUGCUGCUGAUACUUCAGGUCCGUCUUCUGAGCCAAUAAUGCCGCAUAAGGAAGGCAAUGGAUUGCAAGGCCAGAGUAAGGAUGCGGCUGGGACUGGUGCCCGAGUGGUGGCACCUUGGGUGGCGACCUCCAGAGCACCACCACAACCACAGGCUCUUGAUCCCCAGCUUGCUGAAGUCUCACUAGCACCAGCGAUCAUUUCCCCUACACGCUCCUGCCAACAAGGCUCCAGCUCCAUCACACAGCCACCAUACUCUGAUCGCCCUCGACAUUGGAUGCAAGGCUUUGUUUUUGGUCUGCCAGAUGGUGCAGGGUUUGUGUCAGACGCUAAAUGUGCCUACCCAUACAACAUUCCUGGCCAUGCCAACUAUGAUCCAGCCCCAGGCUAUGGACCAGAUGAUGGAUUUCUGCCUCCAGCACACCCACCUGUUAAGUGGGGGCCUUCCUCCACACCAGUGCCUGAGGUAUACCGGGCACCAGGGGUGGCGGUGCUGCUUAAUGACAUGUCCGCCAUGAGUCAGCGAGGGUCUCCACCUUACGCCCAAAUUAACGCAAUGGCACCAUCUGCAAUUGCACAAACCACUGGCACAGUCCUCCAGCCCCGAUCUAUGCUGCACAACACAGCAGCAGGGGAGAUGCUCCCACCCCUCAUAUUCCUGCCACCACUGUCCUUCAUCUUUGACUUUGAGUCUUAG